GAAAUUUGAUUUCUCUGAGGAAAGCAAAAACUCCUUAGAGAAGGAGAGUUGAACCUAACCAGGAAUCCUAAAAGAAUAUCAAGGAGAAAGAGAAAGGAAGAGAAGGAUGGAAAUAGGGGCAUUUUUAAUUGUUCUGCUGGUGGUUCUUCUGAUUCUGCGCUUCCUGAAACAACUCUGGUCAAACAGGCACUAUCCUCCUGGACCUCUCCAGCUUCCUCUCAUCGGAGGCGCGUGGCGGCUUGGGGUGAAGCUUCGUGAAGAUACUUUUAUUAAGAUAGCAAAGCAAUAUGGAAACAUUUCCACCCUUUGGGUAGGAAACCAACCCUUCAUAAUACUGUCUGGAUUCCAAGCAGUGAAAGAAGCGCUCAUUGACCACUCUGAAGAAUUUGACGAGCGACCACAGACUCCUUUUCUUAUGAAUAUAGCAAAAGGAAAGGGUAUUGUAUUAUCAAAUGGUCACAACUGGAGGCAACAGAGACGCUUUGGUGUAGUUACUAUGCGAAAGCUGGGGCUGGGGAAGAAAGGCAUGGAGCACCAAGUAGCAGAGGAGGCCCAUCAGCUUGUGGAGGUUUUUGCACGUUCAAAGGGACAACCACUUGAUCCCUCCAUGCCCAUCACUAAUUCAGUCUGCAACGUGAUAUGUGCUGUGGCUUUUGGGCACCGGUUUGCGCUUGAAGAUGAAAGGUUCCAGAAACUGAUGGAAGCCAUGGAUUUUAGCCUAAAAUUUCUAGGAAGCAUUGUUCAUGGUCUUUAUGAAAUGUUCCCAUGGCUCAUGAAAUAUCUCCCAGGGCCCCACAAGAAGGCCUUGUCCUGCGCAGAGAUGGUGCUUUCAUUUGCAAAGGAGGAGAUAGAGAAGCAUAAGGAGAAUCAGUCUCUGCACGAGCCACAGGAUCUCAUUGAUUUCUACCUGCUUCAGAUAGAGAAAAGCAAGAAUGACCCAGAUUCCACCUAUGAUGAAGAAAACUUGGCUCAGUGUAUUGCUGACCUCUUUAUAGCAGGGACAGAGACAACCACCAGUUCUCUGAAAUGGGCACUUCUCCUCCUGGCAAGUCAUCCAGAUAUCCAAGAUAAAGUCCACAAGGAGAUAGAAGAUGCUUUAGGUUCUUCUCACACAAUCUGCUAUCAAGAUAAGAAGAAACUGCCCUACACCAAUGCUGUGAUUCAUGAAAUACAGCGCUUUAAAUAUGCCUUACUUUUUGGGAUUCCUAGGCAAUGUGCAAAGGAUGUGAAGCUGCGUGGUUUUCUCUUUCCCAAGGGGACUGCUAUUGUUCCUGAUUUGCGCUCUGUUCUUCUUGAUCCGACACGAUGGGAGACUCCUGCAGAGUUCAACCCGAAUCAUUUCUUGGUCAAGAAUGGACAAUAUAUGGCUAGAGAAGAAUAUCUGCCAUUUGGUGCAGGGUCUCGUGUAUGUUUGGGAAUGCAGCUGGCAAAGAUUGAAAUCUUCAUCUUCCUGACCAGCCUGCUGAGAAAGUUCAGCUUCCAGCUACCGGAAGGAGUUAAAGAACUCAAUAAAGAGCCUUUACUAGGGGCUGCAACGCAUCCCCAUCCUUAUAAACUCUGUGCUAUUCCCCGCUUCAAAGCAUAAUAAGAUAUGAAAGUAGUAGGAGCUGCACCCCUUCGUCCUCCAUUCACCAACAACCCCUUUGGGAUUCCUGACACAUUAAUCCCCUAGAGCGGUGGUUUUCAACCAGUGUGCCGGGGCACCCUGGGUUGCCUUGAAUUAUGGUCAGGGGUGCUGUGGGCAACAUUGGCCUCUGUCCCUCUUUCCUUUCCUCCCUCCUCUGAUGCCCUUACAUCUCUGCCUCCCAAAGGCUUGCACAGCUGCUUGUUCCAGCAGCCCAAGGCGAAUGUUGCUUCUGGGUCUGGCCAGGGAGUGCUUCGCAGGCCCCUGUGGGACAGUGGGAGGAGGCACCUUUCUUUGGGAUGGCAGCUCAGAGACCACCAUUUUCCCUGUCAGUGGUUCUCAUUUCUCAUACCCAUGCUAUACCACUGGUGAUGUGCAGCCUGCCUUCACUUUUCUUCCUCUAUCUCAUCCUGAUUUAUGCAAAGCCAGGAUUGUGAUGUGGCACUAUAAAUCUUCCAAUGGAGGUUCCACAAUGACAACCUUAGAUUUGUAUGUAUAUAUAAGUUGAAUUAUAUAUUUUUCUCUUGUUGCUUUCCAUUGCAUCUGAUGAUCUGCCUUGACUUGCUCAAGUCAUCUGGAAAAGUGAUAGGUGCAUAGUAAGAGUCGGGCUGGUUCACAUUUAGGAUUGUUGCAAAUAGAAUCAAAGAAUUCUAGAGCUGAAAGUAACCAUAAGGGUCAUCUAGUCCACCCCUUGAAAUGCAGGAAUCUUUUGCCCAAUGUGGGGCUUGAACCAAGUGUGGCAAUUAUGCUUUACAGAGUUGCCCCAGGUCUUUUGACUCUUUCUAAUAGUUCCCCUUUCCCACCAAGAAAAAUCUAUG